AGCUGGAGGAGGAGGACGAUGACAGCCUCGCGGGGAAGUCCCAGGACGACAACGUGUCCCCCGCGCCCGAGCCCCAGGGCGCCUACGAGGACGAGGAGGACGAGGAGCCCCCCGCCUCCCUGGCCGUGGGCUUCGACCACACCCGAAGGUGCGCUGAGCAGCCGCCGGCGGGCGGUCUCUUAGCUUUGGAGCCGAUGCCGACUUUUGGGAAGGGGCUGGACCUGCGCAGAGCAGCCGAGGAAGCGUUUGAAGUUAAAGAUGUGCUUAAUUCCACCCUAGACUCUGAGGCUUUAAAACAGACCCUGUACAGGCAGGCUAAGAACCAGGCGUACGCAAUGAUGCUGUCCGUCUCCGAGGACCCUCCUCUCCGCACCUCCGCCCAGAGCCCCCUGGAUGCGUGGCUGAGCAUCACGGGACCCGCGCCCGAGGCUGGAGCCUUUAACCCCAUCAACCACCUCUGACCGGCCCGGGGGGCUGGGGCUUGCGGGGUGACCUCGGGCCCCGCAUCGCGACAGAAAUCCCAGCGAGGCCUCAGGAGCCAGGGAGACCCUCGCCCCUGCAUCCGACGGCUCCUCCGUGUCUGCCCCUGGUCUCACUCGCCUUUCCCAAUGGAAACCCAGAAGCCGAAGUCCCUGAGGUCGUCGGGCCCACGUCUCUGAGAACCGGUCUCCAGGGCACCAUCAGGACAGCCGGCGCACGGCCGUGGGUGCAGCGCACGGAACGGCCUGGCGGCACAGCCCGGCGGGCACCGGCGGCACUUCCUCCCGCACUGAAGCCGGGGCCGCUCGGGGCCGGAAGGAGAGGGGCAGACCCCGUGUGCCCGGCGGAGGAGAGGCCCACACGAUUUUUAUAGUGAAAAUGACCAGAACAGCCCUUUUGGUAACCUUAUUGACGACAGAGUCUAUUUAAGCAUGUGGUUUUAAUAACAGACAGUAUUUUUUAAAAAGAAAUUGAAAAAGGACUUGCAAAUUGUUUUGUAAAAGUAAUUUUGCAUCGCUUGGGAACCUGAGCUUGUUGGCAAAGCCACGCCCUCCCGGCCCGCACGGGCUGCGCGCGGCCUCUGUACUGUAGCGCACGGGGAAGUUUUCUGUCCUCGACCCUCUUUGUAAAGCCAAGGUAGUUUGGUGGCGGCGGGCGGGCCGGGCACCGGGCCACGCCUGUGAGCCAGUUCAGACUCACCAAGGACUCUGAGGCGUGUCCCAGGCCGCCCGAGGCUGGGACUGGGACAUGUGCCUGUCAUUGUGUGACAUGUGAUCCGUGCCCGUGGCCCGCAGGCGGCUCCUCCCUAGACCCCCCAAUUAUGUGGGAAGGUCGGAGAGGUGGGCCGGGCAGCUGGCGUUCCUCCUGGUCUGUCCUCGGCCACCGGGCCGGCCCCCACCGCUGCUCUACGGAAGGCGGACCUGCUGGCCACCUCCGGUCUGCAGGCCACCUCACCCGCCCCGUCAGACGGGCGCGGGCAGAAGGCGGGCGCACCCCUGGCCGCCGUGGGGGACACUCCCGCUCCCUGCGCCGGCCACCACGCCACCCCACCUGCUUCUGAGAGCGCAGAUUCAGGAUUCGCUGCCACGCCGCUCUCCGCGCGGGUUCUGGCAGGCGGGACCGGCUCCAGAACCGAGGGACGUCCAGCCAGGACCUGGGACCUGCAGCAAAGACAGCCCAGCCCGCCGGGGCCGCGCCUCCCUCCCGGGGACCAGUCUACUCCCCCACUCAUGGGCUUUAAAUUAUUCCCAUAGGGGCCAAGUUCAAAUAAUAAUUUUUUUUCCCUGAUGGAAUUGACCUUAAUCUGUAUAUAACUUGUAAUUUUUUUCUAAUUUGUUUCUUUUCUUAUUUUAUUUCUUCCUUAACAGUAUUUUUUGGCAUUAGACAUUCUUAUUGUGAAGAAAUAAUGUUAAUAUAAGUACCCAGUGAAGGACCAAA